GCCGGGCGGCGCGGAGCCCCACAUGGGCCGGUGCCUGGCCGGGGGCGGGGCAGAGGUAGUGAGUGCCGAGCGCCUUCCCGCACUCGCCCGCAGACCUGCCCGCUCAGCUUCGCGUCCGGACGGCGGAGGCGCCUAUUGUUCCCCCCCGCGCUGCCCGCAGACAUGCUCCGUGUAUCUACAGUACUCCGUCAGAUAAGGCCGGUGUCCAGAGCACUCGCCCCCCAUCUAACGCGAGCAUAUGCAAAAGAUGUUAAGUUUGGAGCAGAUGCUAGAGCUCUUAUGCUUCAAGGAGUAGAUCUUCUAGCAGAUGCUGUAGCUGUCACCAUGGGGCCAAAGGGAAGAACAGUUAUUAUUGAACAAAGCUGGGGAAGUCCCAAAGUGACAAAAGACGGUGUGACAGUAGCAAAGGCAAUUGACUUGAAAGACAAAUACAAAAAUAUUGGAGCCAGGUUAGUUCAAGAUGUUGCCAACAAUACAAAUGAAGAAGCAGGAGACGGUACCACUACUGCAACAGUGCUUGCACGUGCUAUUGCCAAGGAAGGCUUUGAGAAGAUCAGCAAAGGAGCUAAUCCAGUAGAAAUCAGGAGGGGGGUGAUGCUUGCAGUUGAUGCGAUCAUAGCUGAACUGAAGAAGCUGUCUAAACCUGUUACAACUCCAGAAGAAAUUGCACAGGUUGCCACAAUAUCAGCAAAUGGAGAUCAGGAAAUCGGCAAUAUAAUCUCCGAUGCAAUGAAAAAAGUUGGACGAAAGGGUGUGAUCACUGUCAAGGAUGGAAAAACUCUAAAUGAUGAAUUGGAAAUCAUUGAGGGUAUGAAAUUUGACAGAGGCUACAUAUCUCCGUAUUUUAUUAAUACAACCAAAGGGCAGAAAUGUGAAUUCCAGGACGCUUAUGUUCUAAUCAGUGAAAAGAAAAUUUCUAGUGUACAGUCCAUAGUUCCAGCUCUUGAAAUUGCCAAUUCUCACCGCAAACCUUUGGUCAUUAUUGCUGAAGAUGUUGAUGGAGAGGCCCUCAGCACUCUCGUCUUGAACAGACUGAAGGUCGGUCUUCAGGUUGUUGCUGUAAAAGCACCAGGUUUUGGCGACAACAGGAAAAACCAGCUUAAGGAUAUGGCAAUUGCUACUGGCGGUGCUGUGUUUGGAGAAGAGGGUUUGAGCCUAAACGUGGAAGAUAUUCAGCCUCAUGACUUUGGUAAAGUUGGAGAGGUCAUUGUGACAAAAGAUGACACCAUGCUUCUAAAGGGCAAGGGUGAAAAGGCUCAAAUUGAAAAACGUAUUCAAGAAAUUAUCGAACAGCUAGAAGUUACCACAAGUGAAUAUGAAAAAGAGAAACUGAAUGAGCGAUUGGCCAAGCUCUCUGAUGGAGUAGCAGUAUUGAAGGUUGGUGGCACAAGUGAUGUUGAAGUGAAUGAGAAGAAAGACAGAGUUACUGAUGCCCUGAAUGCGACCCGUGCUGCCGUAGAGGAAGGCAUCGUUCCAGGUGGUGGCUGUGCAUUGCUUCGCUGCAUUCCAGCAUUAGAUGCCUUAGCUCCAGCCAAUGAAGAUCAGAAAAUUGGCAUUGAGAUAAUAAAGAGAACACUGAAAAUCCCAGCAAUGACUAUUGCAAAGAAUGCAGGUGUUGAAGGAUCAUUAAUAGUUGAAAAAAUCCUGCAGAGUCCAUCAGAAGUUGGCUAUGAUGCAAUGCUUGGGGACUUUGUAAAUAUGGUAGAAAAAGGAAUCAUAGACCCAACGAAGGUUGUGAGAACUGCUCUGAUGGACGCUGCAGGUGUUGCGUCUCUCUUAUCAACAGCAGAAGCAGUGGUGACUGAAAUUCCUAAAGAAGAAAAGGAGCCGGCAAUGGGAGGAAUGGGUGGGAUGGGUGGAGGAAUGGGAGGUGGCAUGUUCUAAUUCCUGGGAAGGGAUGCAUCAUGAGCUGUGCUGUUUUAAGACUGACAGUUCUGACUUCAAAAACUUCAGCUGUCAGUGCAAGAGGGUGGAUAGUGACUGAAGUGAGGCUGGUGUUUAAAAGAAUCACUUGUAACCAUCAGUUACCAGAUUUCAUUUAACACAUGUGUAAUUGCUUACAGUCAUUGUCCAUGCCUACAGAUAAUUUAUUUUGUAUUUUUUGAAUAAAGACAUUUGUACAUUCCUGAUAACUGGGUGCAAGAUCCAUCUACCAAGGUCCUGAUUUAAACUUAAUUAAGGCACUUGAUAUUCUGUUUCAGAGUUUAUUGGUGCUUGCCAGUACUAGGAAGAACUUGGAAGCCACUGUGCGUGAGACUAGACAAUUGUGUACAAAGUAGGCAAAUAUACAGUUAUGUGACCUUUAUGUAAUAAAACAAACUGCUCAAAAGUUACAAAAUGUAUCACCUUAUUCACCUGCACACAAAGCCAUAGUCAUAGGAGAACGUUGACAGUCUGCUGCUGCUUCUAACAUUUACUAGAAAUCUGACACUUGUGCUUGGAAAUGACAGGCCAUUUCCCUCCAGGAAACAUUCCUUUGGCUAGAAUGUUUCUCAGAAAUACAAGUGACUUCAAUUUUGGCAAGAAAUAUCUAAGCUGAACUGACGCUGCAGUUCUUUGAAAUAUUAAACAAUGCAAUGAAAGUAA